AUGAAUCCCUCAGCAUUCCCGAAGGCCGCGGCCCUCCCCGCGCGCCUGCUGCGGGUACAACCCCAAUGCUCGAAGCAUACAGCCAGUCCUAGUGUUUGCUCGUCCGGUCAGAAACGAGGCUAUCAUCCGACUUCCUUCUCUCCCGCACGUCGUUUGCGGGAUGGAAUCGGCAAGAAGAGAGCUUCAUAUGUGCUCUUAUUCAAGCCCUUUCACUCCACUGCUGCUCUCGCGAUCGCCGACCCGUACAAGACCCUCGGAGUAGACAAGAGCGCCUCGGCCAGCGACAUCAAGAAAGCGUACUACGGCAUGGCCAAGAAGUACCAUCCUGACACCAAUAAGGAGCCCGAUGCAAAAGACAAAUUUGCCGCAGCCCAAUCUGCAUACGAGUUGCUAUCGGAUAAGACAAAGCGAGAGCAAUACGAUCGAUUUGGAUCCGCUGCGUUCGACCAGAAUGGCGGUUUCGACCCGAACGCGGGAGGAAACCCAUUCGCCGGUGCUGGUGGCUUCCACGGAUUCGGAGGUGGCUUUGGAGGAGGUGGCUUUGGCGGCGGCUUCUCUCAGGAUAUCAACUUUGAAGAUCUGUUUGGCGCUUUUACAGGCGGUGCACGUCGUGGUCCCCCGGGUCGACGAAACCCGUUCCAGGAGCAGAUACUUGUGGGCGAGGACAUCGAAGUUCAGAGCAGUAUCUCAUUUAUGGAUGCUGCGAAGGGCACAACUCAAGAGAUCGUCAUUACACCUCUGACUCAAUGUGGCACUUGCAAGGGUGAUGGCUUGAAACCAGGAGCCAAACGGUCCCAGUGCAAGCAGUGCAAUGGAACAGGAACUCGUGUUCAUCUCAUGCAAGGUGGUUUCCAGGUCGCUGCAACUUGCGAUGCAUGUGGAGGUGCUGGUAUGACUGUACCCCGUGGCUCGGAGUGUGGUACCUGUAGCGGAAACGGUGUUAUUCGAGAGCGCAAAACACUUAAAGUGGACAUCCCCGCUGGUGUCGAAGAUGGCAUGCGCAUGAGGGUUAGCGGCGAGGGUGAUGCCCCUCCAACGGGCGCCACUGCUGCCGCCGGAACCCGUACCCAACCUGGCGAUCUCUAUGUUACGAUUCGAGUUGCGCCAGACCCCCGCUUUAGCCGCUCCGGCUCGGAUAUCUUGUACACAGCCCAGAUUCCCCUUACGACAGCGCUCCUGGGUGGUGAGGUUACGAUUCCUACCCUCGACAAGGACGUUAAGGUCAAGGUUGCUACAGGUACUGGCACUGGUGAUCGUAUCACCCUUUCUGGUAUGGGCAUGAAGAAGUUGGGUGCCGGUCGUUCGCGCUUCACUCCCACGGGUGAUCUGAAGGUUGAGUUCAAGGUUGCUAUGCCCAAGUACCUUUCUGCCAACCAGCGGACUAUUUUGGAAGUUCUCGCCGAUGAAAUGAACGACAAGACUGCUCGGCGGACGAUGAAUAACGAAGGAUUCCUCAAGUCUGUCUGGCAUCGACUCGUGGAUAACAAGGCCGAUGAUCCUACGAAGUCCGGGCCCGCAGAUGCCAAGGGUGCCAAAAACGCCAAGAAGAACGAGGAGCAAAGUGCUGACAAGAGCGAGAGCGACGACUCGAAAAAGUGA